AUGAAAAGAUUCCAAGUAUGCACGCUGAUGCUCUUCAGCUGCUGCGCCUGGGCUAAGCAAAUGACGGAUAUAGAGGCCCUGCAAUCAGCACCAACAAGAUGUACUUAUGAAUACGCAUUUGACAUGUAUGGUGCGCACUGUGGGGGUCUUCGGCUCAAUAAGAUACCGAGCCUCAGAGCUGGGAUUGAGAUUCUCGACUUCAGCGACAACAAACUUCAAGAAAUACACGACGACACAUUAUCCUCAUACACGAGCAUAAAGUUCCUCUACCUAUCCGAAAAUCAAAUAUACUCAAUAGAUGACAACGCGUUCUCCUAUCUAACUAAUCUCCAAAGUCUGGAUCUGUCGAAGAACGUCAUCUUGACACUACCAGAAACUAUUUUCCACUUGCCAACGCUACGCAAUUUGUAUUUACACGGUAACCCAUUAUUGCAUUUGCAUUUGAGCAAAAUGCAAUUAAGCAAGCCAAUUAGAGCACCACUUGAAUUGCUGGAUUUGUCUGAAUGCAAGCUGAAAGUCUUACCGGAUUGGGGUGUUCUGCCUCAACUUUAUCUCUACAAUAUAUCUCAUAAUCCCCUAACGACUAUCGAUGCGCAACACUUCAGUCCGAUGUGCAAGCUAUCGAAAGUAGACCUGACAGGAUCCAUAGAUGACCUCCAGCUCUGCGAUAUGAGGAUGACCAUAACGUGGUUUCAGAUAAGAAACGUCUACUUCCUAUUGGAUGACUAUACGAGAUUGAAUUCAAGAGAAUUCGAAAAUUGUCCAAAGGUGGCGCCACCAGACAAUCUCAACAUAACAUACCAAGAAUGUCGACAAUUAUACACUAAGACUCAGAAUACCAAGUCGUCCCGUCGUACAUGGCUGACAAUUGGUGGAGGCUUGGCUGGUUUCCUUGUGGGAUUCGUUCUUCUUUUGUACGUUAUGCACCGACAUAACGUAGCACAAACUAAGAAAGCUGAUAAAGAGACCAAGAAAAUUCCACCAGAUGGCGACAAGCAGGCCUCGGCCGUGCUUCUAAAUAAUGCAGCAUAA